UAAUUGAUGUAUUUAUUUUGUCUGUGGAUAGCUAUAAAAAUUUAGCUGCUAUUAUUAGUUGCUAUUCUUACUCUUUUUAUUAUUAUAUUAAUAGAGACAUUUUGUUAUCUAGCUGAGGACUAUAUACCACAGUCGAUUUCUUAGACAGCAAGCAAAGGCAAAUUUUCUUAACUUGUAUGCACAGAAGGGGACUCUAAAGCAAUAUUUCUAUGCAAUCUUUCCAUUUUGCUGUGUAAAAAAAUGUGCAGACCAAACUUGUUUUGAUUUUCUGUUUGUUCUCCCCCUCCCCUAAGGUUGCUAAAUGGUUUUCUGGGGGAUUUUUAAAAGGCAAAAAUGCUGCUGCUUGUUCUGUUGGCCUUUUCCGUAUCGAGUGCAUUUUCCGACUCGGAUACCGAACUCUCAGCUGAGACCUGCAGUGCCUGCUCAUGCAUGUCCAUUGAGAACGUCCUCUAUGUGAACUGUGAGAAAAUAACUGUGUACAGGCCAACACAGCUGCUCCCGCCACAAUCCAGCCUCUACCAUCUGAAUUUCCAGAAAAACCUUUUGUACAUUCUUUACCCCAACACUUUUCUGAAUUUCACGCACGCAGUCUCUCUCCAGCUGGGUAACAACAAGCUGCAGAACAUUGAGGGAGGUGCCUUCUUGGGACUCAGUGCAUUAAAACAGUUGCACUUAAAUAACAAUGAAUUAAAAGAGCUCCGGGCUGACACUUUCCGGGGGAUCGAAAACUUGGAAUACCUCCAGGCUGACUACAAUUUAAUCAAGUAUAUUGAGAAGGGAGCCUUCAACAAAUUACAUAAGUUAAAGGUUGUAAUUCUAAAUGACAAUCUUAUACAGAGCCUGCCUGAGAACAUAUUCCGCUUUGCCUCCCUCACACACUUGGAUAUACGAGGAAACAGGAUACAGAAGCUCCCAUAUCUUGGAGUUUUGGAGCAUAUUGGAAGGAUAGUGGAAUUGCAAUUGGAUGACAACCCAUGGAAUUGCACCUGUGAUUUGUUACCUCUGAAAGCUUGGUUGGAGAAUAUGCCCUAUAACAUUUUCAUUGGAGAGGCUAUAUGUGAAACUCCCAGUGACCUAUAUGGCCGACUAUUGAAAGAGACUAAUAAACAAGAACUAUGCCCUCUGGGAGUUGGUAGUGACUUUGAUGUGAGGAUGCCCCCUUCUCAGCCAGAUGCUGGACAUACCAUAUCUAACAUUGCACCAUCCACGAUAGCACCCUCAGUUACCAAGGCACCAAAAACUACAAAUCCCUCCAAAAUCUAUGGGAAUGGUAUUGUUGCUGGUAUUCCAGUGGGUAAAAACGGCCAAAUUGUGUCCUACCAAACCCGAGUCCCUCCCCUCUCCUGUCCUCAACCCUGUAUUUGCAAAGCUCAUCCAUCUGAUUUUGGCAUUAGUGUGAGCUGUCAGGAAAGAAAUAUCCAGAGCCUAGCUGAUCUUACACCCAAACCUCCAAAUUCUAAGAAAUUGCACCUCAGCGGUAAUUACAUUAGAAAUAUCAGCCCCACUGACUUCCAAGGGUUCGAGGGAUUAGAUCUCUUACACCUGGGCAGUAAUCAAAUAUCCACUGUUCAAAAAGGUGUGUUUGGAAAUCUGACCAACCUCCGUAGGCUAUACCUUAAUGGAAAUCAGCUUGAGCAGCUUCACCCAGAAAUGUUCCUCGGCCUCAGUAACCUCCAGUAUUUGUAUUUGGAAUACAAUGCCAUAAAGGAGGUGUUAGCAGGGACAUUUGACUCCAUGCCAAAUUUGCAGCUCUUAUAUCUAAACAACAAUGUGCUCCGAAGCCUCCCUGCUUAUAUUUUUGCUGGCGUGCCUCUUGCUCGAUUGAAUCUAAAGAACAAUCAUUUCAUGACUUUGCCUGUGAGUGGCGUGCUGGACCAGCUUAAAUCCCUCACUCAGAUAGAUCUGGAAGGCAAUCCCUGGGAAUGCUCAUGUGAUUUAGUGGCUUUGAAACUGUGGUUGGAGAAGCUGAAUGAGGGGGUGGCUGCCAAGGAGGUCAGAUGUGCAUCCCCAGUGCAGUUUGCAAACAUAGAGCUGCGGGAGCUGAAAAACGAAAUCCUGUGUCCUAAGCUUAUAGCCAGGCCUCCUUUUAUCCUGACUAGUUCAACCCCCCUGGCCACAUCAAUGUCACCUGCUGGAGUUGGCAAGGCACCUCCUGGUGGGCCGGUGCCUCUGUCAAUCAUGAUUUUGAGCAUCCUGGUAGUCUUGAUCCUCACAGUGUUCGUUGCUUUCUGCCUCCUGAUCUUCGUGCUCAGACGAAACAAAAAGCCUGCUGGGAGGCAGGAGGGGCUUGGCAACCAGGAGUGUGGCUCAAUGCAGCUCCAGCUGAGGAGGCACAACCACAAAUGCAACAAGAACGAUGACUUGGGUGGAGAGACCUUUAUCCCACAGACUAUUGAGCACAUGAGCAAAGCCCACACUUGUGGAAUGAGAGACUCAGAUGCCAGCUUCAAGUUUGCCGAUUCCCAGAGAUCGAAAAUGUUCUUACGCAACAGCGCAGACAAUGACAAGGACUCUCUCACACUGGACCAGAGGAAACGAUUAAGUACCAUCGAUGAGCUGGAUGAGUUCCUACCUGGAAGAGAGUCCAGCCUGUUCCUACACAACUACUUGGACAACAAAAAGGAUUUCAACAGUAUAGGGUAUUUUUAGGGUGCUUUGGAUGACAAAAUGAAAUGGAGUCGAAGAUUGGCAAGCUGGGCGCACGCAUGAACAUUUCGGAAACCCCCAGAGUACUGUCUUUCGGAUUUUAAUUUGACACUUUUCGGGGCCUUGAAACUGGUGGAUUCAGUUGUAACUGAAAGCACUGACAGUUCCAACAUCUUUAACAAUCUGGAUUAUUCCGUCCGUUGUUUCUGUAAGGAGCCAUUUAAAUUUGUUCUAAUUAAAUGUGAUUCCUCUUGAAGUUUUUGGGUACGGCACAUGACAGGACAUUCAUAAACCCAAGAAAAUAUCUCCAUAACUGCUUGCCAUGUAAGCGUAUCUGAUUUAUUUUGUAAGUCGACAUUAUUUGUAUUUGUGAGGCAGUUUUUAAAUGACAAAGAACAAUCCCAUCAAGACAUAAAUGGAUUCAAGAAAACAAAAAAGAAAAUCAAAAAAGGACAAAAACACUGAAGUCCACUGUCACCCGUCAAUUGGUAGAUUACUUAACUUCAUAUUUAAUUUAUUUUUCUAUGCAGGACUAUUUAAAGGUUAUUGGUACUAUUUAAGAUUACAAAGGGACUUUUUUGAAUGCUACAAGUGAUUUGGGCUAUGCUCUGAACAACUAACUCAAAAAUUUCUGUUCUGAUAUGUGUCCCAUUAUGUAUUUUACUGCUAACCUGAGCAUAGGAGCUAGCGUCAGUGAUAGUGAUGUAACUUUCACUAUUACAUUGCAAGAGGUAAUGCCUCAUAGUGUAUCAAGUCCAACAGUCUUAUAGCCCAUGAAUAUUUUGUCAAAUAAUUUUUUUAAGAAUAUGCAACCAAAAUAAGUGUGCAUUUAACGUGAUAUGAUUCUGAAUUUUAUCAAUGUGUUAUGGGGAUCAAAAUGGAAUUAGGGAGAAGGCAUGUAGAUCUUUAAUGUUUCUUUUAUUUAUUUCUCUUUUUUUUAAAUGAGGACUGUGCAUUUUCACAUUAUCUUUGAAAUUCAAUGUGUUUUUGAUAAGAUCUACUGAUUUGGUCAGAAUCAUAUCACACUCCAUGUGCAAUAUUAUUAUGCUCAAUCAUAUUAGCUUGACAAUUUUACUUUGUCCGCUCAAGUUAAUAAUAUGGAGAGACCAGUUUUACGUUCAGAAAAGAAAGAAAUAUAUAUAUAUAUAUAUUAUUCAGUCAUUAUUUAAGAUAUUGUUAAGUUAAUGAUUGUUUGAAAUAGAAUGUACCUUGAACAAUAAAAUAAAUACAGUUUUAUAUAUGAGAAAUCAACAUAAUUUUCUGUGUUGUAUAAUUUUCUAUGUUAAUUUUUUUCAGAAAAUAAAUGGACUGAGAAAAAUACUACCAUAACGCCAUACUUAAGCUUGCAUUUAAGCGUUUUUUUUUUUUUUGUUGUUGUUGUUUUUUUUUUUUUUUUUUUUUAACUAAAUUACUACUGGAAUAUGAUAAAGCCACAUUUUCCAUAUGCUUAAGAAUUUUAUGCAUUGUUGUUCACAAUAUAUUUUCUUGUUUCAAGAUACACAUUUGAAAAAGUGCAUCAGCACACCCUGUCUUGGUGUCUCUCAUGUUGUGAUCAAGGGCUUUGCCUAGAAAAUGACCACAAUUAGGUGAAAUUAGUUUUAAUUUCUGUUGAAACUCAGAACAUAAGCCUCUGCUACAGAUUGAUGACAUGAUCUUGCAUUGUUGUUCAAUGUAUUGUCAUUAUGUUGUUAUUUUUCAGUAUUAAGAAUACAUAGAUUUUUUUAAAUUUUUUUUAUGCAUUCUGCUGUUCCUUGUCAUUCUGCUUUCAGUGAGAAUGACUUGGGUGCAUUCAUAAAACAAUGAGAAGUGUGCCUGAUUUGAGAAUCUGAUCAUGAAUGAAGAUUGGCCAUACAAUGCACCCACAGUGUUAAUUGUAUAGUGUCUUAAAUUAAAUAUAAUUCCUGAUUUAAGCUUUGAAAUGCCAGAAUGUUAGCUUGUGAAUUGGUACAUUUAUUAUUAGGAAGUUCAUUUGAUAUUCCCAUAGCUCAAAUUUCAGUUGACAUCAACGCAUCAGUUGAACUCAAGCUCUGUCAUAGCCAGUGUUGGGUAAGUUACUCAAAAAAGUAAUCCACUACAGAUUACUAAUUACUACUUUAAAAUUGUAAUCUGGUUACAUUACUGAUUACUGCAAGGUAAAAGUAAUCAGAUUACUAAUUAUUUUCAUGCUACUUUCAAAACCUAUCAAACCUACAAAAAUACACUACAAACUGAAACUCAUAGUUCUUUCGGUAAUUUUAGUGUGCGUCAACAUAUGGCAUGAUCAGAAAAAAUUGGAUUUAUCAUAAAACUUGCCUCAGGUGUUGUUACUUUGUAGGACCAGCAGACUGAUAAACUAUAGAACUUUUCUAACUAGGCUAGUUUGGUGUCACUAGCCAAGGGGAGGCAUAACUAAGCUAUCAUUGUAUGGAUUUAUCUGCUACAGUGCCAUGAAAAGUACAUUAUCUUUCCUUAUGCUCUGCUCAGAUCAUGUUCACGUAAACUGGAACUCAUAUAGACAUUUACACA